UUCACGAUAUCGCCGCUAGCAAAAUCUUCUUCGCCAAUUUACCCUCAAAAGGAUGCUGAGGACGUCUUCGCUCUCGUAUCCUGUAACCUUCUUCUCAAAUCUAAGGCUCCCAGUUCUUUCUUCCUUCAGAUCUCCAUUCCCUUCUUUUCCCCCAAAAUUAGUGUCCACGCCUAUCUCAGCCCCACAAACUCCCCCUUUCUGCCAGCGGACCCCAUCAUCUAUGGUGGGCAGCAACCCAAGGCCGCAGGGAAAAGUUAUGUUUAGUUCUGGGAGGAGUGAUGGAGGGAAUAAGGAGAUUUUGGUGCAGCAUUUGCUUGUUGGGCAGGAUGAUGUAAAGAUGCUGACAGAGUUGCAGAAGAGGAUUUCAGAAGGAGUUGAUUUAAGUGACUUGGCUGUGGAAUACUCUAUAUGUCCAUCAAAAGAGAAUGGUGGGAUGCUUGGGUGGGUUCGGAAAGGGCAAAUGGUGCCAGAAUUUGAGGAAGCUGCAUUUAGCGCUCCUUUAAACAAAGUUGUGCGUUGUAAGACAAAAUUUGGAUGGCACCUCUUGCAAGUGCUUUCUGAAAGGGAGGAGUCUAAACUUGAAGAUAUUGCACCAGAAGAACUGCAUUCGAAAAUGCAAGAUCCUAUCUUCAUUGAGGAAGCUCAGUUGAUAGAUGUCCGGGAACCUGAGGAAGUAGCUCAAGCUUCAUUGCCAGGAUUUAAGGUUCUUCCUCUCCGUCAAUUUGGAACAUGGGGAUCAGUGAUAUCAGAUGAGUUUGAUCCUGAAAAGGAUACCUAUGUACUGUGCCACCAUGGUGUAAGAUCACUACAGGUAGCAAAAUGGUUGCAAUCUCAGGGAUUCAAGAAGGUGUUCAAUGUGGCUGGAGGAAUUCAUGCGUAUUCUGUCAAUGUUGACCCUUCAGUUCCAACAUACUAAGAAGGGGCAAAUUCACAAUAACCCUUAUUCUUGUGUGCAAAUAAAAGUCCCCCCUCUCCUUUUUUUUUUUGCCAGUAAUGCCUGUGGCCUAAAGGGUUAUUUCUGUUUGAGUUGGUAGUAAGAGGAGUUUCUUAGUUUUGAAGGAAAAUUUGUUAGAAAAUGUUGAGAAGUUUCAAUAUUUAACGAUAUGUUAUAUAAUCAUUGCUUGUGAUAUUUGUCUCAUUAAUGGAUUCAUUCUAUUAA